AUGCCGCUGCCAGAUCUCGACCAGGAUAUUACGCCUAUCCCCCGCUCGCGGGAGGAGAACCAGGAGAGAGCCUUUAUUGCUGCGUCACGGCGCAAGGAUCGCAGCUUAGAUGCUCGGCUGGAGUCUGCCAACCGGGCUUCUAUGUUGCAUAAGAAGCGCACGGGCAAGGCAUUUCACAUCACCAAGGAUAUCGUGGAGAAAGAGGCCAUGUAUGAAGAGGUCGAUGAACGGUAUCAAGAAAAACGGAUUCUCAUGCUGCAACGCCAAAACGAGCAAAUUGAAGAGCAGUUCAAAAACCAUCUACUGGCCGCCUUUGCAGCACGCGCUCAAUUCAACAACUCCUCUAUCCACAGCCGGCGAGCCAGCCACAUGACCCCGCGGCCAUCACUCAGUGGAGUCAAUGGCGGUCCACGGAAGAUGAGCUUGGAUUUGUCUAAUAUUCGCUCGUCCUUCUCCCAGGGCCCAGGCUCAAUGGCAAGCCCAAUGCCAACGGGUGAUGGCUAUGUCCUAUCACCUACGGCGUCGUACGACCCGAGUGCCCAGUCCUACAUGGCCAGCAUGAGCGGUUCCCAGACGCCAUACUCCGACAUGUUCUCUGCACCGACAGGGAACCAGUCUGGGCAGAUGCCAGCCUACAUGAGCCAACAAGCCUCCGCCCCGGGCUGGAACUCCCAAGUACCCGCAUGGGCGCCCAUGCAACAGCAGAACCCAACCCCUGCACAAACGCCCACCGACGCGCAGGCCGUGCAGAUGUGGCAGCAGCAAAUGAUGCAGCAGGCUCAAAUGCCUGACACGGCGACCCAAAUGCAUCAGUUCCGGGAUCGCCUUGCGUCCGCACCAGAGUUGCCUCUGCAACACACGGCUCCACCGAUUCCCUCAGCAUCCAUCUCAGGCCCCACCGGCCACCAUCCUACCCACGGUCAUUCGCGCGGCCAGUCCCAUCCAUCGAACAACUUGCACAAACUCAAUCUGCUUACUCAGACCACGAACCUUUCCCACUCGCAGAUGGCUCCUUCCAGUCUCAGCUCUCCCAGGAUCGAGGCUUUAUCAGCGGGCACUCAGUCUACUCCGGACUUCUGCCCCACUCCCAACACCCCGCUAUCGCCGACAGCGCAUGCUACGAUGUCGCCCGGUGCGAAGUUCAACAGUGAUGGCAUUAUGGUCUCCCAUGAGGAGAUGGAUCCUGAUUUCACGGAUUUCAGUCAGUUUGCGUUCCACUUGGGUAACUCGAGUGUUCCGCUUUCCGACCGUGAUCAGCCUUUUGCCUUUGACGAUCUUCUCGCUCUUGAUGAUUUCACCAGCGUCUCUUGUUAA